CAUGCAAUAUACUAUUUCCUCACCAGGAUCUUCUUCACGCUUGCGCACUCUCAGAUAACUUGGUUUUGCGUGCUAGCAGUAACGCUAUCGGGCCCGAUGGGGCGUAAGAUACGCAUUUAGGUUAAUCAAUCCGUUACUUUCACCGUUGUGCGGGCUAUUAUUACCAAUUAUUCGUGUCUCGCAGAAUUUCUCUUAACAGAAUAAGAUGAGUGUAAGUGAAAUCGAAUUCGUCGAUUGUAAGGAGGAACCAGAUGUCGUAGAAUCGGCUGGCAAUGCGUCACCAGAUAUCCUGGAAUCGGUUAACAAUGUGGCAGCGAAUACAUUGCCGCAGAGGUCUCGAGAGAAGUACGAGUCUGUUUAUGAGAAAUUUAUGCAAUGGAAAAAAACGAGAAAGACGACAUCGUUCUCUGAGCAUGUCCUGAUGGCAUAUUUCGUUGAAUUAUCAAAAAAUUUGAAGCCAUCAACAUUGUGGAGCCACUAUUCGAUGUUGAAAAGUACAAUCGGUGCUAAACACAAAGUUGACAUGAGUACAUACGCGAGAUUAAGUGCAUUUUUGAAACGACAAGCAACUGGAUAUCAUGGCAAGAAAUCGAAAGUUUUGACAUCAAAUGAUGUGGAAAAUUUUCUCAACAAUGCUCCCGAUAACCAAUACUUGGCAACAAAGGUUGCCCUAGUUCUCGGAGUGACUGGAGCGUGUAGAAGAGAAGAGCUCUGUAACCUAACCAUAAAAGACAUUGAUGACAAUGGCUCUAUGGCGCUAAUAGUAAUUCGGCGAUCUAAAACAAAUAAGCUACGGUCAUUCACAGUUGUUGGAGAAUUCUACAACAUUUUCAAAAGAUACGCUGUCCUCCGUCCAAAAAAUGUAAUGUCCAAUAGAUUCUUUUUAAAUUAUCAGAAUGGAAAGUGUACGCAGCAAGUUAUCGGAAUUAACAAAUUUGGCGGUAUGCCAAAGCAAAUUGCGUCGUACUUGAAUUUGCCAGAGCCUGAGACGUAUACUGGUCAUAGUUUUCGGCGGACUUCAGUGACUUUACUUGCCAAUGCUGGAGCUGAUAUUACAACUUUGAAGCGCCAUGGUGGAUGGAGAUCCAAUCGAGUGGCAGAAGAAUAUAUUAAAGAUUCGUUGAAUAAGAAGACCAAAAUUUGUGAACAGAUUGCCGAAACAGUGCAUUUACGUCCAUCGACGUCUUCCUUUAGGAAUAGCCAUGUAAAUUCCACAUUCGCACCACCGUCACCAAAAAAAGAAGUUUUAGAUGAAAUUGAAGUGAAUAAUGGCGCAUCGACUGUCGAUGCUGAAUCUGACAUAACUAUGAAGCAGCAGGGUGAAUGGAGAUCCAACCCAGCGGCAGAAGAAUAUACUAAAGAUUCACUGAAUAACAAGUCCAAAACUUGCGAACAGAUCGCUGAAUCAGCGCAUAGUCGUCCAUCGAUAUCAUCCUCAGAUAGUAGUGAAGUAGAUUCUCCAUCCGCACCACCGUCACCACAAAAAGAAAAAGAUCGUGAAGAUGAAUUUGAAGUGAAUCAUGGUGCAUCGGCAUCAACCAAUAACCCUGAAUCGUCUACAUCAUCUACACCUACAUCUUUGAAUUUCAAUCAUUGUUCAAAUGUAACAAUUAAUCUUUCAUGUUCAAAUGUAACCAUUAGUCUUCUCUUAAAAAAUGCAUAACCACUGCUUUUGAUAAAUUAUACCAAAAAGAUAUAACAUGGCCUUCUGAAUUGCUAUCAGUCUACUAAUGUGAGAACUAAGUUUUCCCACACCCGUUUGGAAAGUUUGACUUUUACGAAGCUGAAGCUAGCAACGUUACCGUUACGAAAUAUUGGGGAAAACAUUGCUAUUUUCUUAUUUUCACGACGAAUGAAAGAACUAGAAUUUCAGAAUAUAAGCCUAUAUCUUGUUUUAUUACGGUUUACUAAAUUUCAAACAAUUCCAACGUCACGAAAGAAAUAACUGUUUUUCCUUAGUCUAAAUCGUGACGAUAACGUUACUAAUUUCAACAUGAUUGAUUCUCAAAGCUUGUGGAGUGUGCAUAAAGUACCCUCUUUCCGCCCUACUAAAAAUGAUCAUGUGUUGAUUUAUAAAACGUUAUAAUCAAAAUUCACAUGUUAUUUAUUACAUGAUUUAUCUUUUGAGUACGAUAAAAUGUAUAAAACAUCGCAUAAUAAAUUACAAAAGCACGCAUCAGAUAUACGAAAUCACAAAUCAUAUAGUGAACUGUGUAACCUUGAUACGAUUUUUCAUCUAGUGCUUGUGUAAUUUAUUAUGUAUUUUAUUGAAUUUACAAAAAUGAACCAUGUUACAAAUUGCACGUGCAUUUCAGUCAUAACCUUUUACCAAUGUAACACAUGAUCAUUUUCAGUACGGAAAUAAUAAGUUGGCAUGCGCACAGAUUAAAAAUGUUUUACUUUACACAUUAUGAUUUCUUUCGCGCAUGCGCACUUACAAAUAAUUCAAUUUCACGUGCUGACAUUGGCAUUAUAUACGGUGCUUCUCAUACAAAACUUUCGUUUACAAAAAUUAUAUAAAAUAUCUAUUCUGACAGUAUUAAUUGGUAUUCAUUAGUAUACCGCAUUCGAAUUGACAUUUUAAUUAUUCAAUGAAAAGUUUUUGUAAUGUUUCAUAGGGCUAAUUCAAUAUACUUACUUUUUUCGAACACGCUUAAACCUAAAAAAAUGAAACUAGCUAACGUGGCAAAAACAUGGUAGCAAAUUCGAUUUCACUUCUCAGAUAAUCUCAGGGUAUUAACUGCCCGACGGUGCCACCACCUGAACCUGCACACAUGCGAUUGCCAUCAGUAUCCCGAUAACUCCUAUAACCCGUUUACGAGUUUACAGACAUUAUUGUCAAGUUUGUGGGAAAACCCUACCUCGACUAGUACAUUAGUUCGGACAGUUUUUGAGUUGAGAAGCUUGCAAUUAACGGGAAAACUCACGCAAAUUUAAUUAGUUACUAGAGCAGGCACGGAUCUAAGGCCGUCUGGGGGGGAUCUCUCCCCAAAAGUUCGUAUAUCUGUAAUUAUUUUUCUUCGGCUUUGAGACAAAUCAGGUUUUCAAAUGUUAAAGCUCAUUUUGUUGAACGAAUAUUGCGAAAAAUAUUUUUUUACUAAUCUAACAUUACCUUAAAUUGGAUAGAUAUAAAAAAAAAGCCAUAGGCGCAUAAGCAGGGUAAAAAUGCCUCUUGCGGAUAACU